AUGGGGCCGUGCAUUUCAUGCUGCUACAUGAGGACAGAAGAACCUUCACCGGAUGAUGAGAAACGAAGGAACUAUGGAGGAGUGUAUGUGGGCCUUCCUGCUGAUCUGAACACAGUAGCUGCCAGCCAAUCAAAAUCCACACGUAAAGGUGAGGAGCACACUCAAAGAAAAACAGUCAUAAAGAUCAAAUAA